AUGCCGCCGGCAGAUGGGGAGAAACCCCGCCGGUCUCGCACGGGCUGUCAGAACUGCCGCCGACUGCAUCGGAAAUGCGAUGAGACUAAACCUGCCUGUUUGGGUUGUCUCGCCUCGGGGAAGCAAUGUACUUACAGUCUCCGCGUAUCCUGGGGCGGCCGUCCAUUUGCCAAAUCAUCCUUUGGCAAGUGUCUGAGGACCGACGUGGCCGUCGUUCCCACCGCCGAAUCCACAGACGCAGGUCAAUCACGGUCCAAUCCAGAAGAGAACGAGGAUACGUCGUUUGUCUAUGGUCUUGCCGAGUCACGUCAUCGCAUUGAAGAGGCCGAGUCAGACAGUCAGAGUUCUUCAACGCCUUCCCGGCUAUCUUCGCCGGUUCGCGCAAGCCCGGCAAAUUCAAUCACUGCAGAGACAUAUGCAACUAGCAUCUCUCAGAACCCUUCUCACCUUUCGCAACUUCCACCUUCCCAUCGUCUUCUAUUAGAUCAUUUUUGUAAUGCUGUCACACGGUCAUUCUCUUUGCAUCUCUCAACUCACCAUGGAUUCUGUAUGACAUACCUCCCGCUGGCUCUUGACCCGGUUACAGGAAAUGGCCUCCUGCCAGCCGUCUUGGAAGCAGCAGCGCUCCAUCGCAAGUCGCUAGGCCUGUACCACAAUGAGCGUGAGCUAAUUGCGCUACGACAUGAAAGUAUUCGCCAAUUUAAAUUGCCAACCAUUGGAAAAAAUCCCGUCGAUGAUGACAAGGCUCUAGCCACGGCUCUAAUUUUGUGUUUAUGCGAUAUCCUCGCUGGUGGAGAGAAGGCCAACUCAUGGCAGCUUCAUCUCCAAGGGGCUACCGCGAUGAUACAGCAGGCCUCAGAGGGAGGUGACAUGUCCCAGGAAUCCGAUCUACGAAGGUUUUUGAGACGCUGGUGUGAAUCUUUGGAAGUGCUAUCUAUUAUUGGCCCGGAUUCCAAGUUGGCUGGCCAAACAGUGGAGUCUAGCAAUUUAGACUAUAUUGACGAGUUUCAUGGUUUCUGUCGAAGAUUGAUUCCAAUCUUCCAAGAAGUCCAUCUGCUUCUGAUGGAGUGUCAGUCACUGCAAGAAAUGUUGGAGUUGGUCGGCCCAUCCCAUCCGAUGGUAGAGAGAAUGUCUUAUGUGGUUGAGGGGCGAUGUCGAGCUGCUAUCAAUAGCGUUAAAUCAUCACUGGCCCAGACAUCUUACUCGUUCCACCCCUGCAUUCAGUCUUAUAUGAGCCCCCAAGUUCAAAGUGAAUUCGUGUCUCUUAAUAAAGCCUUUCAUCACGGUAUCCUCCUACAUCUCUAUAGGAGGGUACAAGGCUUACCGCCUACUGAUUCGAAUAUCGAAGCCUCGGUUCAGGCGAUCAUCCUACACCUGUCCGAGCUGGAUCUCCGUGACGAGGCGUGCCCCGGGGUAGCUAUGUUGCAGCCCCUCUUCGAUGCUGGAUGUGCAUCCUAUAGUAUGCACCAUCGUGACAGAGUAAUAGAAUUGAUGAAUACUUUGGAGAAACGUUACGGUAUGGGAAACGUCAGCCGUGCCCGGGCAUUCCUUCAAGAAUAUUGGGUGGAGUUUGAUCAGCAACGCUUCCAUGGAGUUGAUCUCCAUUGGGACACGUAUAUCAAGUUGAAAGGAUGGGAGCUAUCCUUAUAUUAG